CUGAUACCGCUAGGAUGUUAUCUAGUCGCUUUGAAAGCGACCCACAGGAUUAUGAUGCUGACAUAUUGAAUGAGCAAUCGCUUUCCAUCGAACGAACUAAUGCCCGACAUCGGAUUCAUAGCUUUCCUGUGCCGUUAGGAUGGUUCAAAAGCAAGGCAAGAUCGAGCAGAGUUUCACUGUCUACGACUUUGACAUUCGCUCUUGCAAAUGGACUGGAUGUUGGUUGACACAUGGGAUGCAACUGUUUCACAUCCUGCAUAUUGCGCCGCUGAAUAGCCGCUGGGUAUCUGUACAGCCGCCGCAGUCAUGUUUUAUUCCCUUUCCGGACCAACGUAGCGCUGAAACAGCAAUGCGAUCGAUUUUGGGCCUUUUUCGAAUGUGAAAAAUAUAACCCUUUUUAUCUUGAACGAGUUUGUCAUUCUCCAUGUGCUACGUCCACCACGUUUCGUUUUGACUUUAAUAGCUUAAUUGCUUGUGAGGAUGGAUGAUAGCUGCCUAGGUGCAGCUCCGGAUGGCUCUCAGUACAUUUUUUCCCCCCUAGAACGAAACGACAGCAUCCGCAUCCUCGUAAUACAUCCCGGACCAUGGGAAUCUCCCAUUUCUUGUCACCUUCGUGAAUGGCAUCCGUCACAUUCUCAAUCAACAGCGUACGAGGCUAUAUCCUAUGUUUGGGGGGAUGGCCAGCCUUCGAAACCCAUCUAUCUCGACGGCCACGUCCUCCUUGUUCGGGACAAUCUCUAUACUAUCCUGAGAUAUAUGCGCAACGUCGAUGCUCAGAGGACGAUAUGGGUCGAUACUUUGUGCAUCGACCAGGAUAACAUCGAAGAAAGAAAUGCACAAGUGAAAGACAUGCCCAACAUAUACAGACGCGCCCAAAGAACGCUGGUAUGGCUGAAGGAAAAGGAAUAUCAGGACUUGCCUGUCAUCGAGGCCUUGCACGCUCUUGAGCGGAUGUUGAGCUUACCAGCUGAAGAACGGAUUAGAGCAAUGGAUGACUUUGCAACACACCUUGACAACACACGAGAUAUCAAUGGCCUUGCGCAGUCCUUUCAUGGCCUACUCAGCGUACCUUGGUUUCACCGUGUGUGGAUCGUACAAGAGUUCAGCAUAUCUCCGAGGGUUCUCUUUAUGUGCAGUCACGAUACUUUCUCAGCAGAGGCGAUGGACCAGCUGCAAGAUAUUGUGUUAAGGAAAACCAUCGGCAACCAAGUCUGCUCCUUUUAUACGCUGUACACGUCGAUUGUGCCUCUCAGGACGCUACUCGUUCUCCGGAACGAUCAGCAACACGUUGGUCACGUGGGCUUCUCUGAAGUCUUUCGCAUCACGAGUAGAGGCUAUAAAGCAACGGAUCCUCGAGAUCGUGUUUUCUCGCUAUACGGUCUUUGUAGCCCAGAGGACGUACCAUGCUCGGUCGAUUAUAAGCUCGGAAUCGCAGAGGUUUUUCAAAAUGCUGUAGCGUGGUGUUUACGGUCUAGUGCUGUUCUUGAAGACAUGUUAGCACUAACAAUUCAACACCCCGUUAGAGAAGAUUGGCCUUCCUGGGUCCCAGACGUGUCAGUAGAUGCGCCCACGAUGACGUCAUAUGUUCAAGACCAUUUCUGCGCUGGAGGCUCAAAAGACACGCGAGCGGUUGCGAGAACAGAUGGGAACGUUCUAAUAAUUGAUGCUGGAUAUUUUUUGGACGAUGUAGAGCACAUAUACAAUCUAGACGUGCCUGGAAUCCUUGAGCUGAGCUAUCAACGACGCGAAGCGAUCAAAAAUAUUGUGAUCGAUUCCCAGACUAGCUAUCCCACUGGGGAGAGUCUAGCUCACGUUUUUUGGAGACUGCUCAUUGCCGAUACCGCAAAUGGCGACGAUCCAAAACGCGCAGAGGUCGGUUUUGGCGAUAGCUAUCUGGAUCCUCGUGUCCUGGAUUAUCCUUUUGAGGGCGAAGAGGAAGCUGAGGACUCCCUGGAUGAUAUAAAGUUGGCUUAUUUGGAGCUAAUGGCACCGCAGGAGCUCGUACGGUUAUGCAGGACCAAAAAAGGAUAUCUAGGCUGGGUGUGCCCAGAGGUACAGGUAGGAGAUAAGAUGUGUUUGUUUAAGGGUUUCAGAGCACCGUGGGUGUUGAGAAUGAGAGAGACAUCCCGUUUAGUCGGUUCAGCCUAUGUUCACGGGUACAUGUAUGGAGAAGCUCUUAUAUCGAAUGAGGUUGAGUGGUGCGAAGUACGAAUAUCUUGAGUAGUAAAUUUGUGUCCCGUGGCUGCUUCACGAAUUAGAAUUGGUUGGUUAAAAGUGCAAGCUGGUAUUAAACACAACGUAGCAC